UUUUUAUUUAUUUGCGCCCUCCUUCCACCGUAUCGGCCGAGCCCUAUUGUCGAACCACCCGGGGUGAAGCGGGCAAGAACCGUCGAAGCGUCGUCGCCGCCGAGAGGAGAGAGAUGAAGAUCUUCAUCAAGACUCUAAAGGGCACCCACUUCGAGAUCGAAGUGAAGCCCGAAGACACCGUCACUGAUGUCAAAAGGAAUAUAGAGGCUACACAAGGGCAAAGUGUUUACCCAGCUGAACAACAGAUGCUGAUACAUCAAGGGAAAAUUCUCAAAGAUGAAACAACGUUGCAGGACAAUAAAGUUGCUGAGAACAGUUUUAUCGUUAUAAUGCUGACUAAGACUAAAGGUUCGUCAAGUGGAGCUUCAACUGCAGGCACAACACCUACAAGUCAGGCCUCUGCUGCUGGUUCUGUGAGACCUAAUGCUUCAACUCCAGCACCCACCCCGGCUGCGGCACCUACAGAAACUUUGGCCCCGGUCCCUAUGCCUACACCUAUUCCGAGUGCCACAGCUACACCAGCUUCUGCAGUUACUGCACCCGGUGAUGUUUAUGGUCAAGCAGCAUCCAAUCUUGUUGCAGGCACUAACCUUGAGCAAACCAUCCAACACAUUCUUGACAUGGGUGGAGGCACUUGGGACAGGGACAUCGUUGUUCGUGCUUUACGUGCUGCAUAUAACAACCCUGAGAGAGCUGUUGAGUACUUAUAUUCAGGUAUUCCUGAGCAAGCAGAAGCACCACCUGUGAGCCAAGCUCCAACAAGUCCUCCAGUCCAAGCUCCCCAGGCAGGCCAGCCAGCAGUUCCUUCAAGUGGGCCGAAUGCUAAUCCUUUGGACCUUUUCCCUCAGGGUCUCCCCAGCAUGGGUUCCAAUGCUGGUGCAGGUAGCCUUGAUUUUCUUCGUAACAGUCCACAGUUCCGAGCCUUGCAGACUUUGGUGCAGGCAAAUCCCCAAAUAUUACAGCCAAUGCUUCAAGAGCUAGGGAAACAAAACCCCCAAGUUAUGAGGCUCAUUCAGGAGCAUCAAGCUGAAUUUCUUCGUUUACUCAAUGAACCAACUGAAGGAGCAGAGAGCGAUCUACUAGGGCAAUUAGCGAGUGCAAUGCCACAAGCAUUGACAGUUACUCCAGAGGAGCGUGAGGCCAUUGAACGUCUUGAGGCGAUGGGCUUUGACCGGGCUCUCGUAUUAGAGGUCUUCUUUGCCUGCAAUAAGAAUGAGGAAUUGGCUGCAAACUAUCUUUUGGACCACAUGCAUGAGUUUGAAGACUGAUUUGAUGGAGUAAAAAGCUUGCUGGAGUGCAUCACCCCCCAGUUCAGAGGCGUUGUGUAGUGUGGGUUACAGUUCAGAGCAGACAGAAUGUUUGGGUCAUCAGAGCUUUAUAUAUGGUUUUUUUUCUUUUUAUAUGUUGCUUCUUUCAAAAAGAUAUAGUCUGGGUACAUAAUAUUUAAGUAUCGGGAGAAUGCAAUUUGUGUAUAAUGAUUUUAUUUUGGACCAUUUCAGCAACAUAGCACAUCAGAACAGUUCCUUAUUUUUUUUCUUCAUAUCAAGCUCAUGAUGCCUAUUAAGCAAUAGGGAAGCCGAAGCUUGCAAAGUGCUGAAGAUAUGCUAAAUCCAGAUAUGAUUUUCUUGCGGUA